UCCACUGAGAUAGAAGCAGAAGAAUUGUCGCUCGGUCUUUUCAUUUUUAUUUCAGCUUCAAGAAUGAACCCAGGCAUAUAAUGGCUUAAAGCAGCUAAGAAAAAUGGCUUCUAGUGUUUUCACUGGUCGUUAUGGCAAAGCUCCUCCGUCCAUCUCCUUCUCUGGCUCUGGAUUCAUGGCCACGUACCAAUUAGGUGCCGCCCAGUGCCUCCUGAAUUACGUGCCGUGGAUGCCGCGUGCAGCUCCGUACGUUCUGGGCGCCUCUGCCGGGUCUUUGGUGGCCGCUGCCGUCGUCUGUGAAAUGAGCCCAAUCACAAUUCGGGACGAGAUCAUAACCUUUGCCAGACAGUUGAAGGCUUUGAGACUGGGACCGUUUAACCCGUCCAUUAACGUCUUCCACUGGCUGGAGUAUGUUUUAAACAAACAUCUUCGCGCUGACACUCACCAGCUGGCCAGCGGUCGCCUCGCCGUGGCCAUGACGCGUCUCAGUGACGGCAAACAUGUCGUGACCACUGACUUUCAGUCCAAAGACGACGUGGUUCAGGCUCUUCUUUGCAGCUGCUUCGUACCUGGAUACUGUGGGAUUCUGCCUCCGUCCUUCAAAGGAGUGUAUUAUCUGGACGGGGGUUUCAGUGGCAUGCAGCCCGUGCCGCCCGCUCCCUGCAGUGACACCUUGACAGUGUCUCCGUUCUCUGGAGAGACGGACAUCUGCCCGUCAGACCGGUGCAGCAAGUGGGACAUGGUGGUGAGCGGAGCCACGCUGAAGGCCAACAUGGAGAACAGCGUCAGGGCCCUGAACGCUCUGUACCCCAUGACUUUAGAGACACUUGAAGAAGCCUACUACAGAGGCUAUAAAGACACCAUUGAUUUUCUUCAGCGUAAUGAUCUCGCCCCGUACUUAAUAAUGUCCCAGGGUUCACUGAACUGUCCUCCGGAUAACACGUGGACUCAUCUGGAGACCAGCGUGGAGGAAGAAGACGAGGUGAAGGUGGAGGACGAGGCUGCGCCGGCGUCUUUUAUCAGCGAUGGACAGAAGGACAACAUCGUCCUCCAGAGCACACAGAGAAAGGCAAUGUUUCUGUUGUUGUUGACGUGGCAUUGCCUGAGACAUUCCGUCUUCUUCUUUUUGGACGUAUUUUUCAGCAGCGUGAAGAAGAACAUGCAGGACAGGCUCAUGCCCGUCUUCAUGUUGUUGAAGUGGCUGAAAAUUCAGACGCAAGCAGAGGGUGAGUCAGAGUCUUCUUCCUCUUCACCCGGCCUUCAUCACUCCAUCACAGGAUUACAAGAACCAAAAACUGUAGAGAAAGUCCAUCCAUCUUCUACCGCUUUAUCGCCCUCAUGAGGGUCACAGGGGGCGGGGCAAGUGCCAAUCUCAGCCAACAGAGGGCGACACAAAUAAAUUCUUUGAGUGUCUGGUCACAUGUAUUUUGUCAAUUUGACUUUCUUUGACAUUAGAGCAUCACAAAGUUUGUUAUUAUUAUUGUUGUUAUUAUUACACACCAUCGAUUAUUCACUGAUUACUAAAUCACUAUUUAAUCGUUUUUUAAUAAUAAAACAAGUUUAUUCAGCUUCUUAAAUGUGAAUAUUUUCCGGUUUCUUUGCUCCAUAAAAACAAAGAAAUCAUUCAAAGUGAAUCAUUUUGGUUUGUGGACAAAAACAAGACGUUUGAGAACGUCAUCAUUUCCACGUUUGAUCCACGUUUUCUGUCAUUUUCUGAACCUUAUGACAGUAAUUGUUAGUUGCAGCUGUAGAGGAUGGAUGACGGAGACGGUGGAGGUGAAUCACAGCGAGCAGACGGAGUAAAGAUGAAGAUGAAGAGGUCAGGAUGCUGCAGCUCUGGAAUCAAUAGAACGAUCACAGAUAUUCAUGUUUGCGAUGUAUCCGUUGAUGUUUGUGGUUCCCGUUCAUUAACUCUGAGUCAUGUUAAAUUCAAGAUUACAUUCAGAUUUAAAGAAAUCAUCUUCACUUUCUUCUCAUAAAGUCUCAAGUCUUCUUCUUACGUAACAAAAGUCUUCAGCAUGGAGUGUUUCACUGGCAGGGAUUGGAUGUUUUUUCAUUAUUCUAAUUGUUCCCAGGAGGUGACAGCUGAUCCUGUCACGUCAGCACACACUGCUCAACUGUUCCUGUAAAAAACACUGUGGCCAUUUUAGAUUUUCCUGAAAUUGCUGCAGGGAGUUUGUCCAUGUGAGAUUUGUCCAUAUUUACUUUAUUUGAUCUCACCUUAUGUUUGUAACAUUAAAUGUAAAUGCUGAUAACCUGAA